UUCCAAACCCACAGCCGCUCCCAAAAAAAAAAGAGAAGGACAAGCUCCUUUGCUCGGGCAAAGAAAAAGGCAAUUCGUAUUUUUCCGAAUCAUUUCGAUAUCCUUCACACUUAAGAGUCGGACUUUCAGUCGGACUUUCGAGGAGAAACUACGGGCGGAGUGCGAAGAAGAGAUGCAUCGUCUCGUUCUUAGCAACCCUUUCGUGGCGCUUGUCGCACCGAUCCUUCUCGGUGUGCUGGCGCACAAGCUUCUGAGUAAGAGGAGAACAAGUGCGCAAAGAGAUGCGGCUGAUCAGCAUCCUGGUAUGCCUAGUCCUCCGAUCCAGCCCAGCAGGAACGAUUUCGACGUGUUCUUGAGUUUUAGAGAUCUAGAUACUCGAACAGGCUUCACCGACUACCUCUACUGUAGCCUCAUCGAUGUUGGAAUCCGUGUCUUCAUGAACAACAAUGAGCCCCGCUUGGGCGAGAGAUUGAGCGAAGAGCUUAUGCAAGCCAUUAGUAACAGCAAUAUUUUGAUCCCUAUUAUCUCUGAGAAUUAUGCUUCUGACAAAUGGUGCCUUCAAGAACUGGUUUGCAUGAUGGAGUGCCGAAAACAAUGGGGACACAAAGUGUUUCCCAUAUUCUACAAAGUGGAACCCGCAGGAGUGCGAUCUGAAAUGGGCUGUUUUAGAGAGGCAUUUCGUAAUUACAAGCGGAGGCGUUUUGACCCAGAGGUUGUGGCCAAAUGGAAGGAAGUUCUUGCAGAAGUCAGUUCCUUGAGUGGAUGGGAAUCGGAGAAAUUUGCUAAUGGGAGAGAAGGAGAAUUGGUAAAAUCGGUUGUGCAAAAAGUUUUGAAAGAGUUGAAGGAGUUGGUUGGCAAUGAUUAUUUGGUCGGAAUUGACAGUCCUGUGGAGGAGGUUAUGGAAUUGGUUAACAAGAAUGCUAGUGCUACCAUGUGUGUGGGAAUUUAUGGAAUUACGGGCAUUGGUAAGACUACUCUUGCUAAAGCCAUAUAUAAUAAGCUGUCUGAUCUAUUUGUGCAUCGUAGCUUCAUUGCAGACAUCAAGGUAUCAUGCGAACGUAACGGUAUUAAUUACUUGCAAAAUCAAUUAAUCUUUGAUAUGCAGAAAAGAGAAAUUCAAUUUUGCAAUAACGAUGAAAGAAUUGAGUACAUCUUGUCUAGGUUUAAAGAUGAGAAAGCCCUCAUUAUUCUUGAUGAUGUGGAUACCACUAGUCAGUUAGAGGCUUUGGCUGGAAAUCCUUACUGGUUUGGCUUAGGAAGUAGGAUCUUUGUUACCACUAGAAAUGAGAGUGUUCUUGAUAGGGCCGGAGUGGACAUGAAGUACGAGCAUAAGCAAAUGGAUGAGGAGCAAUCUCUUGUCCUAUUUUCUAGACAUGCAUUUCGAAGAGACCAUCCUCCACGUGAAUUUUUAGCUCUCUCUCAUCUUGUGGUAUCUACAAUGGAAGGGAUUCCCUUGGCUGUCAAGGUUGUAGGUUCAUUUUUGUGUGAAAAACCAUCACGAAUAUGGAGGGAAACAAUACGAAAGAUGCAAAAUAUACCUCAUAUGGCCGUGCAAGAAAAGUUCAGGAUAAUUUGUGAAGAAAUGGGGGAUGAUCGAAAAAACGCGGAAGAUGCAUCUUCCGUUGCUACGCCUUGUCCUUCCAUCCUGCGAAAUGAAAAUGAUUACGAAGUGUUCCUGAGUUUUAGAGGCGUAGAUACUCGAAGAGGCUUCAGCGACUACCUCUACUGCAGCCUUGUUGAUGUUGGAAUCCGUGUCUUCAGGGAUGACGAUGAGCUCCGCGAGGGCGAGAGUUUGAGCGAAGAUCUUAUUCGAGCCAUUAGGAACAGCAAUGUUUUGAUCCCAAUUAUCUCUGUGAAUUAUGCUUCUAGCAAAUGGUGCCUCGAUGAACUUAUUGAAAUGAUGAAAUCCAAGAAUUGCUCGGGGCACAUAGUGUUACCUAUAUUCUACAAAGUGGAACCUACGGAUGUGCGAGAUCAAAAAGGUCAAUUUGGAGAGGCAUUUCAUUAUUCCGGGAGGAAUUUCGAUCAAAAGUCUACGAAGGAAUGGAAGCAAGCGCUGAUCGAAGUCAGUUCCUUACCAGGAUGGCAAUUUGCUAACGGGCCUGUAGAAGAAUUGAUAAAAUCAGUUGUGCAAAAAGUUUUGAAUGAGUUGAAGAAAGCGGUGAACUUGGAUAUUCCUGAGAAUUUGGUUGGAAUUGAUCGUCAUGUGGAGGAGGUUAUGAAAUUAAUAAAUAAGUGUUCUGGAGCUACCCUAUGUGUGGGAAUUUACGGAAUGGGGGGUAUCGGUAAGACGACUCUUGUUAACGUCAUCUACAACAAGCUAUUAAAUCAAUUUGAGCAUUGUAGUUUCAUUGCUGACAUUAGGGAAUCAUGCAAUCGCAAUGAUAUUAGAUACUUGCAAAAUCAAUUAAUCAAUGAUAUAUUGCAAAGAAAUAUUCGAUUGCAUAACAAGGAUCACGGAAUCCACAUCAUCUCAUCCAAGCUUAAAGAUAUGAAAGUCCUCAUUAUUCUAGAUGAUUUGGAAACCACCGAUCAGUUAGCGGCUUUGGCUGGAAAUCUUGAAUGGUUUGGCUCAGGAAGUAGGAUCUUUGUUACUACUAGAAAUGGGAGUGUUCUUGAUAGGGCUGGAGUGGACAUCAAGUACAAGCAUGAGGAAAUGGGUAUGGAGCAAGCUCUGAUCCUAUUUUCUAGACAUGCAUUUCGAAGUGACUUUCCUCCUAGUGAGUUUUCAUCUCUUGCUCAUGUUGUGGUAUCUAUAACGGGAGGGCUUCCCUUAGUUCUCAAGGUUGUAGGUUCAUUUUUGUGUGGAAAACCAGCAAUGCUAUGGGAAGAAACAAUACAUAAGAUGAAAAGAAUGCCCCAUAAGGAAGUGGCAGAAAAGUUGAUGGUAAGUUAUGAAGAAUUGGAGGAGGAUCAACGACAAAUGUUCCUGGAUAUCGCUUGUUUUUUAAUUGGGACUGAUGCAAGAGUUGCCUACUAUAUGUGGGAUGCUUGGGGCUUUUUUGCGAGGGGAGGAAUUGAAGUACUGAGAUCUUUGUUGUUCAUAAGUAUUGGAGAUAAUCAUGAGUUCAGAAUGCAUGACCAAAUGAGAGAUCUUGCUAGGGAAAUUGUGCGUGCAGAAAACUACUGCAAACCUCAUGAGCGUAGUAGAUUGUGGCAUUACGAGGAAGCCUUGGAAGUGCUAGAGAUCAAAAGGGGAACUGGAAGGAUUCAAGCCAUUUGUCUAGAGCAAGGCAACUCUAAUUAUAUAAUUGAUCAAGCGAGCUGCACAUUUACGGAUGAACCAUUUAGAAACUUAUCGAACUUGAGGUUUCUUCAUAUGAGUGCUGUGAAUCUUGUCGGAGAUUUUAGUAAAUUAUUUUCUCAGUUAAGAUGGCUCAAAUGGGGGAAUUGUCCCUCAAAUUUUGAAGCAAGCAACUUUCAUGCGGGGGAAUUAGUCAUACUAGAUUUGUCAGGAAGCCCGAUUUCAGAUGUCUGGCAGGGAUGGCAUUCAAUGAUGAAGGCAGAAAAGUUGAAAGUUCUCAACCUCACAAGUUGCCAUUCCUUAAAAGGGACUCCUUACCUCUCAGCUUUUAAAAGAUUGGAGAUUUUGAUCCUCAAAGAUUGUAGUGCAUUGGAGCAAAUUGAUACUUGUAUUGGAGACAUGGAGAACCUCGUUUCCCUGGACUUGAGUGGAUGUUCUCUUCUUGAGAGACUCCCUCCUCAAAUGGCUAAACUAGGACAAUUGAAGGAGCUUCUUCUAGAUGAAACUGCAAUACAAGAAAUUCCUUCCUUCAUCAGUUCUCUAAAAAAGCUGGAGACACUUGUUUUAUCAGGCUGUGUUGAGCUUGCGACACUUCCAAACAGCAUCGAAUUCCUUGAUAAUUUGCGGGGCUUGUCAUUGGGAAGCUGCCACCAAUUGAGAGAGAUUCCCAACUCGAUUGGCAAGUUGAAAUUGUUGACUCAAUUGAACUUGAGUGGAUGUUCACGUCUUGUGGAGUUGCCACCUCAAAUGGGUGAACUAAAACAAUUGAAGGAACUUCGUCUAGAUCAAACUGCAAUACAAGAAAUUCCUUCCUCCAUCGGUUCUCUAGUGAAGCUAGAGAUGUUAAGUGCCAGGGAUUGCAAAUCAUUAAUUGGACUUCCGGACUCAAUAGGCAAUUUGUGCAAUUUGUCGACCCUUGUUUUAUCAGGCUGUGUUGAGCUUGCGACACUUCCAAACAGCAUCGGAUUCCUUGAGAAUUUGCGGUGCUUGUUAUUGCGAAGCUGCCACCAAUUGAGAGAGAUUCCUAGCUCGAUUGGCAAGUUGAAAUUGUUGACUCAACUGGACUUGAGUGGAUGUUUGUGUCUUGUGGAGCUGCCGCCUCAAAUAGGUGAACUAAAACAAUUGAAGGAACUUUGUCUAGAUCAAACUCCAAUACAAAAAAUUCCUUCCUCCAUCGGUUCUCUAGAGAAGCUAGAGAUGCUUAGUGCCAAGGAUUGCAAAUUAACUUGAUAAGUUGUUUAGUGAAUUUGCUGACCCUUGUCUUAUCAAGUUGUGUUGAGUUUUUUGGAUUUCUUGACAACGUUGGGUUUGUUGUGAAUCUGCGGUGCUUUUCAUUGGGAUACUGUCAUGAAUUGAGAGAUAUCCCUAACUCAAUCGGGAAGUUGGAAUUGUUGACUCAACUGGACUUAUCAUAGACAAGGAUCACGGAAUUGCUUGAAGGAAGUUCUGGGUAUAGGUAACAGUAGCAUAGAAAAGCUACGGAUGGUAUUGGAAGGUUGAAAAAGGUCUGAGAGUUAUAUGCAUGAUGGUGCUCAAAUUUGGGAGGGAAUACCAAGCAUCCUUAAUCUUCCUUCUUUCAAGCCUAGUGCAUUUUGAUUUAAUGCCCAAUAAUCUGGAAUUCUUGUGGAUUUUUAUUCAAAUGAGUGGUUUGUGACUUAGGUUUGGGGGUUUUCAUGAUGAAGUGGAAGCUGCAAUGUCAUUUCUGAUCUCUGUUCAUGGUGAAGUUUAGGACCCUAUUGGUGCUGUUGACGAUAGUGUUAUCCGCACAGCUUCCUUAAAUGGCGCCCUUUCUACUGCCGAUGCUCGGAAGAUUGUUAGAAGCAGCAAUACUGAAUAACAUGGUGAUUCGUAACGUCCGGAAAUUACAGGUUGUUCAGCGGAAAAUUUGGUAUUUAAAAAAAAAUUUUCGGGAAGGCAUUCUCCUGAAAAAUGAGAACAUUUUGUGAUAUUUGGCUGACAUAUGAAAAUGAAAUGUAAAUUAUUUUCCUUCAUUUGAAAAGGAAAACUUGGUUUUACUUUGUUAAAGAGAUGUGCAUAAGGGAUACCUGGCAACAAGGGUUUCAAUUGUAGGAGUCGGGGUUUCUCUAUUGCAGAAAACAAGUGAUGGAAGAGAAAAUAAAAUGAGUGAAAUAAAUCACAUACCAAAUUUAUGUGAUUUGUUUGGUAGGA